AUGACGACUUUCGUACCGCUAUCGCAGGACACAGAGGGAGCGGUUAGCUCCGCUGCUUUGGGUGAUUGGAUCCUUUCCAUUAUUAAGGUCCGCGCCCCAAGCAGAACUGCUGAUUACUACUCUAAGUUACUUAAUCAGUUCCAAGAGGUGGAAGGGGAACAAGUCAUCAAAGAUUCUUUCCAGCUUUUUGAGCUUUUGCUUAGUGGCCACGAAAUGGUGUUCGGCUUUUUGCAGGAUGCUAAGGACAACGGAGAAACAGCUCUUAUGACUGUAGAUUCUGCAAGCAAAGUGGAAACUGAGGUACAAAUCAAAUAUGUAGACGCUAUAAAACAGGUCGAAGAGUACUUCACGGUCCUUAUGUAUAUGCUUCAGCUUCGUUUCACCAGUAAUGCUCAGAUCGAAAAGGCGGGCAAUCUGUUAUUGAGAGCGAUUUCUAUGGGCGACUCAUUUGUGGAUUUGAGGCUUAAGUUGCUUCAAAUGCUCUACAACAGUGUGGACCCUACUCUCGCAUUAAGGGUAGUUGUGUACAUUGAGGUGUUGGAGUUCGCAGCAAAGCACGAGCUGUUUCACACUCUAAUUCCAGUCAUCCAGAAGAUUGAUGAUUGGAUGAAGGAUUGGGCGCUUGAUAGAAAGACCAAAAUAUAUAUUUACCGCAUGAUUUCGGAACAACUUGACAAGAUGGGCAAGGAUGAUAUGGCAUACGAGUUUUUUGGGAAGUGUAUUGAGUGCUGUGAUGUUCCGGCGCUGUUUACUCCUGAGAAUAUCAAGGCUGCUGCAGAGUUUUGCAUCAGGAGUAUCAAGGCGGACGAUGUACUGUAUUUCGACCGUUUGAGGGUGAUGCCUGCUGUGCAGCACCUCGCUAACACUGAAUAUUCUCUGAUAAUCGAGCUUUUGGAUUUGUUUAUUCAGGGAAGUGAAAGUGACCUGGAUGCAAUCGUUGCAAAGCACGGUGAGGCGGCGUUCGAAUCAUUUGGUAUUCCUGUAGAUUUGUGCAGGAGCAAAAUCAAAUUGCUCACGCUAGCAUCUUUAUGUCAAAAUGAACCAGAAUUACCCAUCGCACGCAUACAGCAAAUGUUGAAUAUAUCAAGGGAUGACGCAGAGGAACUCGUGGUUACCGCAAUCACCAAGGGCGUGAUGGACGGGCUCAUUGACCAAAAAAGCGGGAAGGUCAUCAUACGUUCGGUUAUGCAACGUCAGUUUCAAAGGGAACAGCUGCAGCAGUUGCAUUCCAACCUCCUUCAGUGGAAGAACUGUGUCAACGAACUGAUAGCCGUGCUCAGUAGCAACAACUGA